GUACAUACAUCCUCAACAAGGCAAAAAAAUAAAAUAAAAAUGCAAGUGACCCUACAACCUUUCAUAAUGCUUAAGAAAUCCUAGAUCUUAACCCCUUUUCUACCUUUAUGGCCUACUCGAAGCUCUUUCACCCCACCAUUCUUGAAAACGGGGUGUUACUCCUAGCACAUACAUGACCCCUCAAUCUUCAAGCACUAACUCUUUUUGUCUCUCCUCAUUUCCUCCAUCAACAAAAAUGGAAAACACCCAUCUCCUCAAAUUCCUUUUUCUUCUCAUCCCACUAACAAUCAUAAUUUCCAUAUUCUUUUUCUAUUUAUACAGAAGAAAAAACACGGAAAACCUAAGAACAACAAGUGAAUCAGCUGACUUAGAAUUAGGGAACAUAAUUAACAAUAAUGAGGAGGAGUUAAUGUGUUUUCAAGGAGGAGAAGAUCUGACAAUUCCUGACAUUUUAGAUGCACCCGGUGAAGUUAUUGGGAAAUCUAGCAAUGGUACAUUAUACAAAGCUAAUUUAUGUAGGAAUAUUAAUGGAAAUGGAGAUUCUAUUUUAUUGCUUAGAUUUUUGAGGCCUGCUUGUUGUGGGACCCUAAGAGAAGUGAUUCCUGUUGUUCAUGCUAUUGGGUUGGUUAGACAUCCUAAUUUGGUCUCUCUUAAAGCUUUUUAUAUGGGUCCCAGAGGAGAAAAGCUUAUGGUUCAUCCAUUUUUUGCUCAUGGUAAUCUUGCUGAUUUUAUUAAAGGUGGAAACAAUGAUACCCACAAAUGGGAUGUGAUUUAUAGUAUUGCCCUCGGAUUAGUGAAGGGAUUGGCAUAUCUUCACACGGGAUUGCACAAGCCUAUGAUUCACGGGAAUCUGAAGUCUAAAAAUGUAUUAAUAGGUCCGGAUCUUCAACCUUAUAUAUCAGAUUACGGUCUGUAUCUGAUCUUGAACCCAACUGCAGGGCAAGAAAUGCUCGAGAUUUCUGCAGUUCAGGGCUAUAAGGCUCCUGAGCUGAUGAAAAUCAAAGACGCCAGCGAGAGUACUGAUAUAUAUAGUCUUGGAAUUGUCUUACUAGAACUGCUAACCGGCAGAAAACCUGUUAAUGUGAACUCCUCAGACUCAGAGGAAAUCUACUUGCCAAAUGUGAUCAGAAGCGCAAUUUUAGAUCAUCGAAUUAAGGAUAUGUAUCACCCCGACAUUUUGUACAAUCAAACUGGAAAGCAAAGGCACAGAACAGAAGAUUGUACGCUGAAGUUGGUUCAGCUUGCUAUGACUUGCUGUUCUCAAUCGCCUUCUCUUAGACCGCAGGUCAGUGAAGUUGUAAGGAAAGUCGAGGACAUUGGAAAGGAACAAAUUGUACAACCCAAAAGAAGUUAACACUGAUUGUUAGGUACAUAAAUGAUUGUUCAAUCAUGAGUUUAGGCAGUGAAUUCAGAUUAUGGAAAAUCUCUAACUGUCACAAAAGAAGGGAGAAACAGACAACAAAGAUAUUGGUGGAGGGAUAUUUUUGUUCAACUUUUGGUUAAAAUGGGCUGUCCACUUUCAUACAAAGGUGAAGUUUUGAGUCAGAAGGCAAAGAAUGCUUGAAAGAGCUGCUGGACUAUUCAAGAUUUAUAUAAUUGCCCAGGAUCAGGGAAACAUGGGAUGCUGGAUAUUAUUGGGGCCCUCAGAAUGAUCUUGUCUGAAGAUUACCACAGGAUUUGGGUAAAUGGAAGCUUAACAAGAGGUUGCUAAUCAUGAUGCUAAUUUUCAAUGGCUCUAUAUGUUCUUACUAUCCCAAGUAGAUAUACUAUAGGAAUUAUGAAAAAUAUAGUAAAUUGGGAAUUUGGGUUAACUUCUACAAUAUUUCGAGCAAAAAUUCGAUUUUUUUUCUUCAAUAUCUUCUCAUUUUUUUUGGGUGGAUAUAGCCAAAUAUGUGUUUGUAUUGAACUAGAAAAAGAUUCUUUAACUUGGACUAAAAAUAGUACUAAUUUAUUUCUUGUAUGAUGGAAACUCAGGUAAUUGUGUUGUAAUCUAUUAUCUAAAUCCAUUUUUAUUUUAAAAAGUUUGCUUAUUU